GUAACAGUCUCCGGACGCGUGAAUCCAUUUAACGCGUAACACUGAAAACACAUGAACACAAAGAGCCGGACUGCUCGGCGAACAAGGUCCAGGCUCAACGUAACGCGAAGUUAACAGUGUCCGUGGUAGCGCAGUCGUGCAAGCCACGCGUGAGCACAGCAUGGCCGACAGACGUACAAGCAGGACAGCGGCAAUUUCAGCAAUGUACUGGAUGUUGGUAGGGUUGGCAACUGUUGCCCGUGGUGCAACACCCUGCUGUCCUGGGUCAAAUCUACUUAAUAUGAAGCAGACUCAUUGUGAUGAGUUUCCAGAUGUUGCAGUGCGUAUAAACUGCAAUGGCUCUGGCAUCUUCAUAUUGGAUCCAAAUGAAUUACCAGAUGAUGUAUUCACUGUGGACCCAACAACAGGCAAUCUUCUAUCAGGCAAAGACAUCAUACAACACAAUAAGUUCUGUCUAGCACGAAAACGUGAGGAUGGUGGAAAGAUUUCUGUACUAGAUAUUGCUCUGGUAUGUUUUCCUGAAGAAGACCUUCCAGCUACGAGCCAUCACUACAUUAUAUAUUCAGCAUGUCUUCUUGUGUCAUCAUUCUUUCUCCUGGUUACACUGAUUGUGUACCUGCUGGUGCCUGAAUUGCGUGACUUGCAGGGCAAAUGCCUCAUGUUCAGCAUGUCCAGUCUCUGCCUUGCUGACAUUUCACUUGCUAUUCUUCAGCUCCAUUCUCACAAUCUUAGCAACACUAUGUGUGUGGCCCAAGCCUUCUUCACAUAUUUCUGGAUGUUGUCUGCAUUUUUUUGGCUGAAUGUUGUAUCGUUCAAUGUCUGGAGAACUGUUAGAUUCCAUCACUUCCCUCUGUCAGAUGGCCAGCUGCUAAUUUGCUUCUGUGUUUUUGCAAUUGGUGGUCCACUUCUCUUCCUUGCUGUAGCUUUAGCAACACACCACACAGCAUCUGCCAACUUGAUCCAACCAAACUUUGGUGUUACCAGUUGCUGGUUUGGUGGUCAUAAAGAAGAAUGGGCAUAUCUGUAUGGCCCAAUGGCAGUACUACUCUUUCUCAAUACUGUGUACUUCAUCUGGACAGCAUGGCGCCUAUGGAAAGAUUGUCAGAGCCACUCUGUACCCAAACUUAGAUGUCUAAGAUUCAAAUGUCUCCUGUACCUCAAGCUGUUUCUUGUAAUGGGAAUUCCAUGGAUAUUUGAAGUAAUCUCUGUCAUUAUAGAUGAAUCCACUGGUUUCUGGCUAGUUAUGGAUAUCUUGAACUGCCUACAAGGACUAAUAAUCUUCCUAAUACUGGUAGUCUUUCGCAAGAAAGCCCUGCGGGGCCUUGUCAGGAAUCGACCAUGGGGAUUUAACUGCCCUAAGAGAUGGGCAGUGGGAGUAGACGAAGAAUCGGAAGGCAUGCUUGCAGAGGAAGAAGAACUGUCACAAACACAAAUUAGAACCUGAUGUGUAGCAAACACACGAUAAAUGUGUUAAGAUAACAUGGCCAAGCACUGUAAUACAAGUGAAUGUUACAUGUGCAAGUGCAAAAAGGCAUGUUAUGCAAAGAUAUCAAAAGGACCACUAGUGAAAGAAGUGGGUGGCAGCUGUCACAAAUGUGGAUUGAAAAGAACAGAUGUAUGUGAUUUCAGCCAGUAUUUAUCCUUUUCUUUUUUUAACGGAAACAUUAAUGCAUCCAUAUUAAAAUGCUGUAUUUUACAGUUAUUAUUACUGUGGACAGAGUAAUGUGGCUCCAGCACUGUUAUUACACAACAAUCCUUUUUCUAUGAAACGGUAAGUUAUGGCAAAAGAUGGAAGCAGUAGAUCCAAAAUCUGACUUUCAUUUGGGAUAUUUAAGUGCUAAAUUUUCUCAGUAAUUACAUCCAACUAUAACUGGAAUUUACAUUUUCUGUAAGCACCAAACAUUUUAGAUGAACAUUUUAAAUGUGACACCAGUACUUGUCUCAAAAACCAUUCUGCGGGCACUGGGAUACCACUGGAGCAUUAUUUUGUUUUCGCACAGAAGGGAAAACAGUAUGGACAAGAAGUUCUGUCUUCUGGAAUAUAAUGUUAUGUAAUACUCUGAAAUUAACUCUAUGCCACUGCUGUGACAAUCUCAAAUCCUACAGAAAUAAUGUGAAGGCUACAAUUUUUAUUACUCCUAAUAUGAAACCUUAUUCAGAUAAUAGUCCACUAUAUGAAAAAAAUCUCACUGUCAGCAAAGAAGAAAAGUAAAAUAUUCAAUUAACAAUUUAACUACACUAUACUGAGCUCGGAUAGCUCAAUUGAUAUAGUGACAGACUACAGGCUGGAUAACCAGGGUUCAACUCUCGGCAGAGAUUUAUCUGUACUCUAGUGCAACCUGACCAGAUCUAGGGUCCAUCCAGCCCCCUUUUACAAUGGGCACUAUAGGCUCUUUCCCCAGGAGUAAAGCAGCAGGGGCUCACCUCCACCUAAUUUUGAGGUCAAGAAUGGUGAAGCUAUACCUCCAAUCUCCCAUACACCUUCACAGAGUGUGCUUAAUUAAGCACAGGAACAACUCUAUCUACUGUUACCUUAUUACACUAUAUUUUUCAUAGUAUCAGUGUUGCAUCAUGAAUGUGGCUUAACCUCAUAUGGGCCAACAUGUGAAAGGCAUCAUGAUGUGAGAAUGUCAUACAAAUAUGAUAUGACAGUAGUUACUAUAGAAAACUACUGCACAUAAAGUGAAUGUAGGAUAUUCUGUAUACUGAAGGUUCAUAGCAUUUAUAGGAAUAUAUAAAUGAACAAGAAGCUGGCUUGUGCUCUUAUCCCAAGCCUAUACAGUAUAUUUCUUUUGGUAGUAAUGGAAAUGAGUAACAGUACCUGAAGAAUAACGAGUCAACCAUAUCAAAAUAUAAGCUUUUGCUUUAUAGUAUCCUUCAAGUAUGCAAUGGCCUUACAAAUAGCAUUGUAUGUUAGGAGUGAAGCUGUAAUUUUGAUAGUGUUUAUGACUUGAUGAUUGGUUGAAACAGACAAUGGCUUUAUGCGCAUAGUUGCAUGCAUAAUGUAAUAAUGAAAUUCUAGUUUUAUUGUUAUUAAAACAGUGAGGUCUUCUGACUGGCUGACUCAAUGUUGUUUCUACAUAGAAUUAUGAGUAACUGAACUCGUGAAAAAAUUAGAUGCUAGCAUGAACUUAAUUUUCAAGACGAGCGGACAUCUGAAUUUGAUAAACAAGUAUGUCCUAUCUGAACAAGGAGUGUUUUGUUCCUUGAGGAUGAUAGUAUUUGUUCAUUAGAUGACGCUGUCAAUAUGGAGACCAUAUAGCAUCAAUAAUGAGAUGAUCAAUGAAUAUGGAACAGUUGGUGGGGUGAGAACCAACAGGGGGGAUCAAAGUACUUGGAGAAAAGCUGCCCCAGAGCCACUAUGUCCACUGCAGAUCCCACACUACCUGACCUGGGAUCAAACAUAGGCCACCAUGGUGGGAAGAUGGUGACUGACUGCCUGAGCUAUGGCAUGGCCCACAAAUGUUUAUUUACAUCAGUACUUGGUUUUUGGAGGUUUGAGAAGAAAGACAAUGGGAGCUGUACAUAAAGCCUGACCAAGCCCACGUCUCCUGUCAUAUCAGAGUUUCCUAUGCACUUAUUUGGCCAACAAAUAAUAACUGUACUGCACAACAAUCAGUAUGAGCUACAACACGAAAUGUACAAAUAGUGAAGUAACUUCAUUACCAGAGAAUGUUUGUGUUUUCUUAAUCAUAAGUGCCAUUUAUCUUGUACACAGAAAUGCAGUGAGAUUAAAAAUAAAGGAACAGUUUGAAUGUGUGUUAGUAAACAUGCAUUAGGUACAAGUAUAGGCAGUACUGUGAUGUUCCAUAUGUAAUAUUUUGGUCAGACAACAGAAUAUGCAUUUAUAAGUAAACAAUUUAUAUUUUUUUAAUAUGAAACAUUUAUAUUAAUCACAAUGUAUCUGUUUAACCCUUUCCAGCAUAAAUAAUACAAAAAUAUUUGGUUUCUACCUCAUGCAAACUGAUACAACAUA